AUGGGGCAGGUCGCAUGGAAAGGCUUGUUCCUCUCAUUCUUUGACUAUAAGACCGAGAAAUAUGUCAUUGCCAAGAACAAAAAAGUGGGGAUUUUAUUCCGUAUCCUUCAGCUGUCCAUUCUGGCUUACCUAGUGGGGUGGGUGUUUGUGGUUAAAAAAGGUUAUCAAGACACAGACACAUCCAUACAAAGCUCCGUCAUAACAAAGUUAAAGGGAGUCGCCUAUACAAACACCACCGAACUCGGGCCCAGAUUAUGGGAUGUGGUGGAUUAUGUAAUACCUCCUCAGGGUGAGAAUGUGUUUUUUGUAGUAACCAAUUUAAUCGUCACCCCUAAUCAGAGACAAGAAAAGUGUCGUGAGAGUUUUGGAAUUCCUGAUGCCGUGUGUUUGAAAAACAGUGACUGUCCUGAGGGUGAACCGGUCAUUGCUGGCAAUGGGGUCAAGACUGGACGUUGCUUGAAGACGGGUGCUGUAAACACAACAGGAAUGUGUGAAAUAUUUGCUUGGUGUCCACUAGAGAAGAGACAAAAGCCAAAAAUACCACUGCUGGGAAAAGCCGAGAACUUUACAGUCUUUAUUAAAAAUUCUGUACGAUUUCCAAAAUUUAAUUUUUCAAAAGCUAACAUUUUGAGCACAGAAGACGACUCAUUUCUUAAGACAUGUCGAUAUAGUAAAGAAAACCACUACUGUCCUAUCUUUUACUUAGGAAAAAUUGUCUCGUGGUCGGGAAAUAAGUUUCCGGAAAUGGCAAUGGAAGGUGGAGUGAUUGGCAUUCAGAUAGAAUGGGACUGUAACCUGGACAGAGAUGCUUCUGAGUGUCAUCCUCACUAUACAUUUACUCGCUUGGAUAAUAAAUUCACAGAAAAAUCUGUUUCUUCAGGAUACAAUUUCAGGUAUGCAAAGUACUAUCGUGAUGCUAAUGGAACAGACUAUAGGACACUGAUAAAGGCUUAUGGUAUUCGCUUUGAUAUCAUGGUGAAUGGAAAGGCUGGAAAGUUCAACAUUAUACCAACAAUUAUCAACAUUGGCUCUGGCUUGGCAUUGAUGGGUGCGGGAGCUUUCUUGUGUGACUUGGUCUUGCUGUAUUUCAUCAAAAAAAGUAACUUUUACAGAGACAAGAAAUUUGAAGAACUAAAAUCGUCCAAGAAAACCUUGCCAGUCAAUGGUCUAAUGAAAUCAAAAAGCCAUGAUGCCAUAAACCAGAUGAAACAGCUACAGAGUGUGGAAACCUAACUACUGAGGCAAGGGACACACUUUAUGAUAAAAAAGAAGUGCCGGUCAGGGAGAUUUGUAUGGCUGGACACACUGACAUAAUAGUGGGGUACAUCCAUGAACCUUUGUUUUCCCAACUAUACUGCUUCUAAAAGCCAUCACGCUGGUGUGAGCCGGAUUCCGUAUAUGAAGAUUUCCUGCAGCAUGAACCUCUACAUUGGGUGGUUCCAUUACUGAGUAUACAGCUAUUUUGCUGCACCCUUUAAACACCAGGACAUUCUGAUUCACCAUGUAUUCUCCUGCUGGUCCAAUUCUCUGGAGAACAAGCACUUUAGAGACUCAUCAAAAACACAGCGGCGAGCUACAUUCACUGCUUUGCGGGUAGAAGACAGUGUUGUUUUCUUGGCUUCCUACAUCUUGACCACUUGACGUGGUAUUUUGAUAUGUACUGAUCAUCCUGGAGCAUGCCUCGGGUCACACAUUGCAAAGCUAAUGUGCAGCUCUGUAAUGUCUACAAUAAAUGGGAAACCAGUAUUUUUAGAGAUAUGUUAUCUUAUUACAAGCUAUACGGGGCUUGCAAGAAAGAGUCAUGUGACAAAUCUGUUGGUGAUGCAAUAUACUAAGGAUCAGUGUUCACUGUGACAUUAGGAUAGUUGAGGACGAUGUACUACAGAAGGCUAUGCUCUUUAUAGGGGUCAGGAAUGUGAAUAAUGUGAAUGUAUAGAACACUGCAAGGCACAAUUAUAGAUCGUGCAUGAUGGUGCCUUUGUUCCCUUAAUUCCUCCCCAACAUUUGGCGUACAUCAAAAUAUCCUAGAGGAAUUAAACUAAGGGCCCAGGAGCUGACACCCACCUGCAAUGGCUAGGAUUGGAGAUAACUCUGAUCCCGACUGUUUCACCCCUUAGACAUUGCAGUGGAUUGAGAUUGCAGGGGCUGAGCUGUUAGUAGAGGGAGCCCCUAUGUCACCUGGUUGGAAUCUCAGCUGUGAACCUAGUAUAGGCCACCAGGUCUGCCAUGUUAAUACACCUAAAAAAAACUGCCAAACAAUGGCACCACAUUACAUUAAACAUAGUCCCCAUUUAACUCCCAGAUAUGUGAAUGACUGUCCCCUACCUAUCUACAGGCUUUCUCCAUCAUUAAAUAACCUAAUUUGCAUAUAAAAGGCAUAUAUCUCAUCCAUGGAAAGGACUACUAGAACAAUAAAGGUAUUGCCCAGAAUCAUGAUGACUUGCAUUAUGUAGCCAGAAGGUUAGGUUUCCACACAUUUUUUUCUGGUGUUUUUUGGAAAUCUGCCACUACAAUUUUUCAGCCACAGCCAGAAGUGUAUUAAAAAAGGAAUCGGAAAUAUAAAGAAAGGACUUAUACGUCUCCUUCCUACUAGAUUCACUUCUAACUGCAGUGGCAGUACUCCAAAAAAAACUAGCCUUAGCAUUUUUUUACACCAGUUUUCCUUUUGAAAAGCUCACUUUUAGGCUAGGUUCAGACUACGGACUCCGGAUUCCGAGUGCGGCCAGCGCUGACUGAAUCAGUCAGUGCUAGGACCCUGCAGACACUGCAGUCUCCAAUAGACUGCAAUGUGUUCCGCGUGGAUUUCCGCCUGAAGAAAGAGCAACGCCAUUCUUCAGGCGGAAAUUUCCAAGCGGAUUUUCCGUUCACAAAUUCCGCUUCACAAAUUCCGAAGUGUGAAUUUGUGAACGGAAACCCAUUCACUACACUAUACAUUUUAGCAAGCGGAAUUUCCGCCUGCAAUUUCAAAGCGGAAUUGCAGAUGGAAAUUCCGUAGUCUGAACCUAGCCUUAAGGGAUCGAGAGUCCCUUUUUUGUGAGACUGGUCUGUAGAGAAACCCUUUUGUACCUCCUCUCCACUUAGAUAGAGAAUCUGUCAGCCGCCCCUCUGUAGUGACCUUAUUCAUGAAGGGGUGUUGUUAGGGCUGGUUCACAUCACGUUUUCUCCCAUACAGGAGUGCAUACGGCAAGGGGGGGGGAGCU